AUGGCUGAAAUUCAUCGCUGAAAUGCAAAACUUGUUGCUGCUCCGCCAGCGCCGGCUGAGAGCGGGGGAGCGCGCGCGAGGGGAGCGCCGCGGAGCCCUCCCAGCGCCCGCCCGCAGCCCCGGCCCCGGCCCCGCCGCCCCGCCGCCGCCGGAGCCCGGCGAGCCGCCGGCCGCGGGCAGCGAGCGGCGAGCGCCCGGCGGGCCGGCGAUGCGGCGCGCAGCUGCCGGGCGCCGGAGCCUAUGAGCGGCGCCGCGCCGCCCCGUCGGCUCUCGGGCAGCGCAGCGCGGCCGGCGCCGGGCGGCAGCGAGCGGCGAGCCGCCGGGGGUGAGCGCGGGCGGGCGGCGCGGCACGAUGUGAGCGGGGCCGCCGAGCCGCGGCGGCCGGAGCGGAGGGCAGCGGGACGGCGGAGCCGCGCGGGCGGCCAUGCCCUUCUGAGCCGCGCAGGAUGUUCGGGCUGGAGCAGUUCGAGCCGCAGAUGAGCAGCCGGAGCGCCGGGCAGGGGGAGCGGGGCUUCGGCCAGCCCGGACUGAGCAUGAGCGCGCACUUCAAGGCGCCGGCCUUCCCCGGCGGCGGCCCGGCGGCGGCGGCGGCGGUGGACCCGGCCCUGGGCGCGCUGGGCGAGCCGCCCCUCCUGGGCAUGAACAUGCCUGGCGGCGACGCGUACGGCUUCCCGGGCCGCGGCCCCGCCGAGCUGCACGGCGGCGGCAUGCAGCCCCCGGUGCACGGCUUCUUCGGCGGGCAGCAGCCGCACGGCGGCCACGGCGGCGCCCACCACCCCCACCAGCACCACCCGCACUUCGGCGGCAACUUCGGGCCCGACCCCGGCGCCUCCUGCGUGCACGGCGGCCGGCUCCUGGGCUACAGCGGCGCGCUGGGCGGGCAGACGGCGUUCGCCGACGGCUACGAGCACAUGGCCGAGAGCCAGGGCGCCGAGGGCUUCGGACAGCAGCGCCCCGGGAACCUGCCCGACUUCCAGCACCACAGCGCCGGCGCCUCCAGCCACGCCGUGCCGGCGCCCUGCCUGCCCCUCGACCAGUCCCCGAACCGCGCCGCCUCCUUCCACGGGCUGCCGGCGGCCGGCUCCUCCGAGCCCCACGGCCUGGAGCAGCGGCGGCUCCCCGCGCAGGGCGGCGUGGACUCUCUGGAAUACAAUUACCCCGGCGACGGCCCCGCCGGGCACUUCGAGCUGCCCGUCUUCUCCCCGUCGGAGCCCGAGGGGCAGCUGCCGCACUAUGGAGGCGGGCGGCAGGUGCCGGCGGGCGGCAGCUACGCGGGGACACCCUCCCUGCCCCGGCCGCCGGGCAUGGCCGUGGCCAAGGCGCACCCGCCGCAGCAGCACGGCGUCUUCUUCGAGCGCUUUGGGGGGGCGCGGAAGAUGUCCGCCAGCCUGGAGCCGGGGGCCAGCACCAGGCACCCGUUGAUGCAGCAGCAGCAGCAGCAGCCGCCGCAGCCGCAGCAGCCGCCGGGCUUGCUGGCCAGACAGAACUCCUGCCCGCCAGCCAUCCCUAGGCAACAGCAAACAGAAGCCAAUGCUCCCAACCCCAACUUGCAGGACAAUGGGCCAAUAAUGCAGAACCAGCAUGCACAGUUUGAAUACCCUAUUCACAGACUGGAGAACAGGAAUAUGCAUCCCUACACCGACCCCGUGUUUAAUAUGCAGCACCCUCCUCCACAACAGCCACCAAAUCAAAGACUGCAGCACUUCGAUGCCCCCUACGUGAGCGUCGCCAAGAGGCCGCGGUUCGACUUCCCCAGCAACCCCGGCGUCGAGCGCUGCGCCUCCUGGGGCGGCAGCAUGCACGGCCCCGCCAUGGAGAGCCACCUCUCCCCGUCGGCCUACCCCGGCCUGCCGGGCGAGUUCACCCCGCCGGCGCCAGAGGCCUUCGGGGGGCCACUGCCACACGGUGGCCCCGAGCACCCGGCGCUGGCGCAGCGCCAGAACGCAGCCCUGGUGAUGAAGCAGAUGGCCUCGCGCAGCCAGCAGCGCCUGCGGCCACCCAGCCUGCAGCAGCUGGGGCACCACGGUGAGGUGGGCCCGCCCGGCGGCCUGCCCCCGCCGGCCUUCGAGCGCGAGGCCGGCAGCGGCCGUGGCUUUGACCCGCCGGCGCCGCACCUGGCCCCUGACGGCGCCUGGUUUGCGGGGCCGCCGCCACCUGGGGAGCUGCUCCCGCGGCGCAUGGCAGCGCCAGGGCUGCCGGCCGAAGCGGCCCCCCAUGAGCUGGGCCUGCAGCCGGGCGGUGCGGCUGUGCUCUUCCGUCCGGGUGCUGGCGGGCUGGGGCUGCAAGAGCCGCUGCGGAUGGCAGGCGAGGGGCCGGCGCAGGCCCUGCCCUCACCUGGUGUCCACCCGCCCUUCGCGCCUGCCAUGGGCGGCCUCUCGCAGCUGCAGUCGCCGGGCGGUGGCGUGUCGCUGCCCAACGCCCCUGCUGAGCGCCGUGGCCCUGCCGACUUUGCCGCCCAGCCAGGCUUCCCCUUCGGGGCAGCCGCACGGCAGCCAGCGGCCCACGGUGCUGCGCCCGCCCUCAGCGCCUCGCCGGGUGCCUAUCCGCCACCCCCGCCUGAGUUCCCCCCGCCGCCGCCACCGCGGCCUGCCGCCAGCAAGCUGGGCGCCCUCUCGCUGGGCUCCUUCAGCAAGCCGGCCAGCAAGGACAACGUCUUCGGGCAGAGCUGCCUGGCCGCCCUCUCCACCGCCUGUCAGAACAUGAUCGCCAGCCUGGGCGCCCCCAACCUCAACGUCACCUUCAACAAGAAGAGCCCGGCUGAGGCCAAGCGCAAGCUCAGCCAGGCUGAGCCUGACCCGCCGCCGUCAGCUGCCCCGGACUACUUCCCAGCAGGACCGCCGGCAGGCGGGGGCAGCGCGGGCAAGGCGGCGGGCGCUGCCCCGCUGCUGCCUGCCGAGAGCAGCCUCUCGCCCGGCUACGCGCUGGAGCCGGCGGCCAGCGGCGAGGGGAAGGCGGGCGGCGGGCGGGGGCGGGGCCGCCGGAAACGGGACAGCGGGCACGUCAGCCCCGGCACCUUCUUCGAGAAGUUCUCGGCCACAGAGGGCAGCGGGGCUGGCGUCAGCCCGGGGCAGCCGGCGCCGCCAGCUGCGGGGGCCCCGCCAGGGGCUGCAGGCACGGAGCGUGGAGGGGGCACCCCGCAUGACAAGCCCCUGACCUCACCCUCCUGGGGCAAGGGCGGCGAGCUUCUGCUGGGGGAGCAGCCCGACCUCAUGUCGUCGCUGGACAGUGGUAUCCAGAGCGUGACCAAGUCAGACGGCAGCUCCCCGCACGUGGACUUUCCUGACGAGGUCAGCACCAGCUACGGCAACGAGGACGAGGUGUCCUCCAGCUCCGACAACACCGUCUCCAAGCCCACCCGCAGCCCGCUGCUGGGCGGCUCGCCCAAGCUGCCCCGCGGGGAGCACGCACUUCUCAACGGACAGAAGCCCCUGGCCCUCGGCCUCCUCAAUACAUCUACCUCGACCCCUGACAGCUACGGGCUCAGCACCACAGCGGGCGCCCACCCUGGCACGCCGGGCAUGGAGCAGGUGCGGACCCCCACGAGCACCUCAGCCCAGGAUGAGAUCCACCCUCUGGAGAUCCUGCAGGCGCAGAUCCAGCUCCAGCGGCAGCAGUUCAGCAUCUCGGAAGACCAGCCCUUGGGGCUGAAGAGCAAAAAGGGGGAGUGCGCAGGGCAGAACGGGGACAGUGACCUGAGCAGUUGUUGCUCAGAGGGCGUUAAGGGUGCCAUGAGCACCAUUGACCUGGACUCCCUGAUGGCGGAGCACAACUCCACCUGGUACCUGCCCGGCGAGAAGGCCCUGAUGGAGGGGCAGGAGGAGGACAAGCCCAUGGUGCCGUGGGAGAAGCCCAAGCCCCCGAACCCCAGCAAAGAAGCCCACGACCUUCCCCCGAGCAAGACCUCGGCGGCGGCGCAGACUGGCAGCCACUUGCAGUGCCUCUCGGUCCACUGCACGGACGACGUGGGCGAGGCGAAGGGCCGGACUGCGGUGCCGACGUGGAGGUCCCUGCACUCGGACAUCUCCAACAGAUUUGGGACUUUUGUGGCUGCCCUGACUUGAACAAAAGAAAUUAUUUUUUUUUCCUCUUUUUAAUUUCAAAGGGCCGCUACUGCUAGGUGGACUAUUUUUCUAGGUUGGUACCUGCUUAGUGGCGUAUGGACUGGAAAGGGUUAAUUUAAAGUAAACCUCAACCUUUUUUUUAAUCUUCUGCCACAGUAUGUUACCAGUGUUAACCCUUCUGCAGUUAGCACACUUUUGCUUAAGAUUUUCCUGCUAGACCACGUUUUCCCAUUAUUCUGUAACCUUGGCAUACAUUUAUAGAUGAGGCCUUUUCCUUUUUCAUCUCAGCGUAUGUCCAAGUCACGUAUGUCAUAAUAAGACAAAGAUACUACUUCUCCUCCUCCUUUUCUUCUUUUUUUUGUUUUGUUUUAUUUUGUUUUGUUUUGUUUUGUUUUGCUUUGUUCAGUGCUUAUUACAAUGGUAAUCCUGAAGAACAGCAGUUCAGGAAUAAAUGCCAGUUAAAGUGAAAUUGUCAUCAUUAUGUUAUAUAUUGACACCCAGCUUUUGCCAGUCACGUACAAACCAAACAAUUAAUGCUCUCUUGAACAUUCAGGCAGUGAUCCUACCCUUUCCUGAGAAAAUUGUUUUGUUAUUAAUAAUGCUCAGCCUGCACCUCCCUCCCUCAUUUGCUCUGCAUCUCUCUUUGCGAGGUGAGGACAGGGCUCUGUUUGUUUGCUGCUCUGAAGCCCAGAUACAGAGCUCUGUCAUGAACGGGCUGGUUCAGACGCAGCCUGGAAAGGCAUACAGAUGUGUCUCUAAAUAAGUCUAUCAGGAAGUUUGCCUAGUAGUGAAUUGUCCUUAUAUUCUCCACCAAACACCCAGAUUGCAGUAGCAUUGUCUUCCUCUGUCGCUCACUUUGAGGAGUGAGGGGUGCACGUGCUCCCGAGCAGGGUGUGCAGCCUUGCAUGUUCUCCGUGGUGUUCCCAGAGUUGCCACUUUAUAACUGCUGGAGGAAAAAAUCAAUCCCCCCAGAUCCAUUGAACUCCUUCUCUGUUGCUCUUAGCGUGCAGACCCGUGUCCUGGCCACAGGAGCAUUUAUCUGGGGGAGCUGCCCCAGCUCCCACCGUGGCUGUCCUGGUGCGGUGGCAGCAGGUGAGCAGUGGAGACAGCACAAACAAGGGGCUAUGUGACCCAGGUCGGUCAGGACAGGGAGACUCCAAGUUAGACCCCCCCCCCGACUCAGUCUUGGUCCUGAUUUUGCCAUGCAUGUGAAGAACAACAUUAUUAGAUGGACACAAUAAAAGGAAAACCAUACUUUCCUGGUCUUGAUAGAUAAUACUUGUUUGAGAAAAAAAAAUGGAAGCAAACCAGAUAAAAAUACAAAUGACACGAUGAUCUGACACUCCUCUGGUUUUACGUAACGCUGUCUAUUAUUUGUGCAUCCUCUGUUUACAGGGAGUGUGAGCAGUCCCACCCUUGUUCAGGCCAGCCUGGCUUCCUUUGCUCUCUGACGCUUAGUACCAUCACUGGGGAUUUAGGUUUUAGCUGUGAAAUAAAAGUCGGACUCUCUGGAAUUAUUACUUCUCCCAUGAAUUCAUAAAAUGUCCCUUCCCAAGGGAUAGAGUUCUAAGACUGCUUUGUGUUUUUAGAUGAUUGUUUUGAGCCUUUAAUUAUUUUGAAGUAAGGUUUUCAAUAGACAUCAAUGGGGAGGGUGUUCUGCCUACAAUGCUAAUGGCACAGCGCAGUCUGAAAUUCUCACUCUUGAUCAUAAGUGGCAUCAGAAAAAUUCCAAGUGUUUAGAAAGACAGUUCUUUCUUGUUAUUUGAAUGUGCUCUUAUUAACCAUGCAUGGAUUGAUUUCCUUUUAUGGUUCUGGUCAGUGACUUGAUUUUGGAAAAAAAUUUGGGGUUCUGGACCUUGAUUUUUAAUAUUACUUUACUUUUUAUUGAAGCUGGAGCUCCCACUUGGAUGAGGAUUUUUGCCCAUCCUGAAGCAAUGGACUACGGAGUCGCCUUAUGCCCACUUGGUUUGGAGCAAAAAGAUGUGAUAUUUUGUACCUUUUAUAGGUGUAUUCGCUACUGAAAGUUCAGAGCUUUUCCCUGUACUUGCAAUAAAAUAUCACUGUCCAUGGUAAAAUAUCUUCUGGUAGAGUAACAAUUACCAGAUGUCACUCUGGAGGAUGCUUCUUUGCCUGUGAUUACUUAAGUCCCAGUUCAUCAAAAUAAGUGUUUAACUUUAAAUCCUGUCUAGCAAAGCGCUUGAGGAUAUGCUAAGCUGUAGGAUUUCUGUAUCUGGGGUAAGUGCUUUGGUGGAUUUGGUCUGCAGUUUUAAUUGUUUUGUUUUAGCUUGUGCUUGUUCAAACUAGGUGUGUCUUGGAGUAAACCCAACAAAACACAUGCCUAGACAUACGAUACUGUCUUUCAGCACUUACAGCUGAAAAUUUAGGAAGAGUUCAUGGUCUGAUGGCAUUCCUCUACCAUAGCUCAGGCCUGAUGGCUUACUUCUUUGUUUUUUCCUGCUGCAUUCAAGAGAACAGGUUUUUCAAGCUUCCUCAGGUCAGGGAUGCACGCCCUGUGCUACCAGAAGGAGACCUUUAAAUGAAUGCUGGAUCAAACACUGCAAACUUUUUUUAAAGAAAAUCCUUCUGUAAGUAGAAAUACAUUGAUUCAGUUGGUCUUUAUACAUCCUUUUCUUCGGGUUUGCUCUCUGCAGCUUGUACUUCUGUUCUGGAGUUGCUCUCAUUCACUAGGGCUUUAUUUUCCCACUUGCUUAUAGGAGUAUAAAUUGGAAACAAUUCCAUAAAGAACAAUGGAAUUCUAAGUAUUUUAAAUCAUAUGAAAUGAUAGGAUGGGGUGUACUGAAACCAGGGGGCUUAAUGUCAGUUGGUCAGCUGCACGCUUGGGAAGUGCACGGGGCUGUAGCUCUCAGCAUCAGCUGAGAGUGCUCCCACAUCGCUGGGACUGUUGGGGCUGAUAGUGAGGAGUUAGAAACAAUGGUUGACCUUCUUCUGGGCCUUAUUGUCCAUACAGUUUUGCUAAAUAAUAUGGCUAUGUGCAGUCCUCUCGCUAACCUGUACAUUCAUGCUUGCUGAAUUCAAGUGACGUUACCAACUGAGCAAAAGGAGAAGACAGAAGCUCUGCUUGGAGGAGCUGUUGGCAACACAAGUACCAGUGUGUGCUUUUAUGGUUUCUUUGCGUCUUGCCAAAGAUCAGAACAGACACGGUACAUAUGACGGACGAGUACAAGUGUAACUUCAUGCUCAUAACCUGGUGUAUUUGGUACUGACAACAUACACAGAAGGCUAGAGCUUUCUCACAAAGCUUGUAUUGCCUGUGGUAAUUUUACUGCUCUCAUUUUCUCCAUUAAUUUGACACUGAAUGCACUGUUUUUUUAAAUCUUAUUUUAUUUUUAACAUAUAUAAAAUAUCAGCAUAGCCCUACAAGGUAAAAAUUGAAAUGAUUUAAUUUUGGGAGUAAUGACACUUUCAGCCAAAGAGUGUUUGAAAGCUGUAGUUAAAAACGUGUUGUGCAAGAGGUAAGUUGUGCUCUUUUGUGGAGAGGGAAACUGAGGCACAAAUGUUGUCCACCUGAGCUGUGUCAAAGGCAAAUCCAUGACAGAGCUGAGCUAUAAUCUACAUUUGACCCCUGGCUUGCAGCCCUCAUCGUUGAGCUGUUCUGUGCUUCUGCACAGUGCUAGGCUUCUGAGGACGGCCUGGUACAAUAAAGAGGGACAUAUAAUGAGUUACAAGUUCCCCAAGUUGACUGCAUAAAGACAGAAUAAUUUAAACUUGCACCUGCACAUCAUACAUGGCUUCCAGAAGUGAGGGUGUUGUACUAAGAACUCAACGAUCUGUGGUAAAUACACUGCUAAGACGUGCACACUUCUGGCUUUAUAUUUUGAACAGCAGCUAAAAUAAUGUCUCCAUAUUUAUUUUGGAAAAUUCUCUCCAUCUUGCCCAGCGUUUUUGGUUCUUACACAGCCCUGUGCUGUAGGUGCUGGUUUAACUGGGAGCUUGGAAGUUGCCUGUCUUCUUGUUCUUGGCGUUGAAGGCUCAAUUUCCUCCUGACCCAGGUUGCUGAUCUUUUUGGUAUACGUUAAAAGAAACUCUGUACUUAUUCUUUAAGUUAAAGUAUAGUAGCAAAUUGAGCAAAAUAUCUUUUGCAUUUAAAUUGAAAUAUCUCUUUGCCAAAAAGAAAAGAAGGGGGGGGGGAGGGGAGGGAGGGAAGAGUAGGACUUAUUUAUUAAAUACUCCUGAGAAAUUUUUCCAGGCCAUUUUUUCAUGGGAUUAAUAGUUCUCUGCUAUUCUAGUUCAGUUGUUAGGAGCAUCAGUGAGAGAGGAGUUAGACUCAUUUUUAUUUUGUUACGGUGAAUUUCAUCAAGUAUGUAAGGAUUUCAGUGUGUGAUUUGGGUGGAAGGGAAUGAACAUCAAAGUCAUGUCAUCCGUGUCAUUUAGGGAACUUUUUCAGAUACUGUAUUUAGAUGUGGUCAUGCUAAGGCUAGCUGACCUUUCCAAAACAGGAAAUCAGUCUGAAAGCUUCCAGGAACCAAUGAUAAGGCAAAAUGUUCACACAUUUCUUAAAGAAGGAAAAUGUAAUGUGACCACAGGUCACCAAAAUACUUAAGCGGGGCGUGCUUGCUCUACUGUUGGGAGGGAGGGAGGAGGUGGGUGGUGGGUGGGGAAAAGCAGACAAAAAUAAAACAAAACAAAAGCCAACAACAAUUAACUGGUAAAUUUUGAUUUUUUUAAGCUGCAGUGUAAGGUUUUCUCAAAUACUAGAUUCACAGCUGUUCAAUGGAUGGUGCAUAAGAGCAUAAGCCAUUUUUAUAAAAUUGUUUCUCCUUUAUUGCUUAAGGCUAAUGGAGAAAAUAGUCUAAUUUUGUCAUAGAAUUCUCUGUUAAAAUUGUUGGUUUGAGUCCAUCCGCUCAUAGAUUCUGACUGAUGAAACUGCAGGCACUGAUUUCCGGCAGUUAAAACUUUAUCACUAUUCACUACCCAAGAAUAUUACAGCUUUAAAACAGCCUUAAGCAAAAGGAUGUUAUUUCUUUGUUCUAAAUUUGGUUCAUAGAAAGGAAAAAAAAAUCAAAACACUGGUAAUCCGUACUGCAUAGCAAACUCUUCUGAAAAAUGUUAUUGCACAUGUAAAAUAUGAAAACUUGACUCUGCUGUGUGUUAGGCAAUCCUGUAAUCUUUUUUUUUUUUUUUUUUUUGGAUUCUUGUUAAAUUCAUUUCUUAAAUGCUUGGUUGGAAGACUGUGACAAUAGCUCAUGAAAUUGAGUGUUAUUUUUCUUUUUUUUUUAAAUAUGUAAAGUGCAGUCUUCUGUAUUCAUGCAUAUUGUACAUAUCUGUAUAUGUUUUACUGAGCAACUAAAUAACAAUAAAUAUGAUGUUAAUGGUGGC